AUGUCGUCUGAUGCACAGGUGGCGCCCAGCCGCAUGACUCUGCAGAUAGCCAAGCAGAAGAAGAAGGGCGCAAAUCAAGGCUACCAGCUCCUCAAGAAGAAGAGUGAUGCUCUUUCUUCCAGAUUCCGCGGCAUGCUGAAAGAAAUUGUGAAGGCAAGGACCAAGUUAUCCAUCGGCGAUACAAUAAAUGAGGCGCACUUCUCGAUGGCCAAGGCCUCGUGGGCAGGGGGCGGCGACCUCCGGGAUCAGCUCAUGGAGCGCAUUAAGCGGCCCGCGGUGUCUGUGACUGCCGCGUAUGAUAAUGUAGCGGGGGUUCGACUGCCGGUCUUUCAGAUCUCCACUGACCCCACCGUGGACAUCCUGAAGAAUAUCAACCUCUCGGCGGGGGGGCAUGUCAUUCUGGCAGCAAGAGACAAAUAUCAAGAGGCUCUCUCAGAGCUCGUCAAACUGGCUUCACUUCAGACGGCCUUUUUUACUCUAGACGAGGAGAUUAAGAUGACCAACAGACGCGUUAAUGCCCUUAACAACGUGGUGCUUCCCAAGCUAGACCGCAAUAUCAACUACAUUACAAAGGAGCUUGACGAGAUGGAAAGAGAAGAGUUCUUUAGACUUAAGAAGAUUCAAGAGAAGAAGAGGCUUGCGAAGGAGGCAGAGCAGAAGGCUCUUGAGGCGGCCGGCCAGGCUAUUCGAACACAAGCAGAGUCAGGCCCGAAUAUGCUAGUAGACGAUGAUGACGAUCUCGUAUUUUAA